AUGCUCCCAGCCCCACGCCUCUUCAAGGCCUUUACCACAACUCUUUCCCGCCUCAUCCCCAAGAACUCCCCACACACUCCCCCGAUGCAGGCCCCCGACAGACCCUCACAGUCGGGUACCAUGACCCCGGGCGCUAUCGCGUCCGAACUUUCCAAGCUCGACCUGCCCGCGCCCACCCACCUCCAUCUCAACACCAAAAACCUCCCUCCUCCCAAGAACGACCCUUUCUCUCCCCAGUCCGCCGACACUACCGACACUGGCGAUAUCUCUGGCCCCGAGCCUGAGGCUAUCGUCCAGGCUCGUCACAAGGCUCGAUCAGAGUCAAUGUCUGAGCAACUUUCCGAAAAGUUUUCCAACAUGAAGUUUCCCCAGCCCGAGAGGAUCUUUGGCCCGAAUGAGGGAGGAAGUCAGUCUGCGCAGGAGCACAAUGGUGGAAGGGCAGGGGUGAGCGCAGAAGAUUGGGACAAGAUCAAGCUGGCGGAUGAGGUACCGGAGGCAGUCAAGGAGCCUACCAGGAUGACCCACUCCAGACAUGGCAGUAGAGUCGAGCCCUCAACUCCCAAGGAGCCUACUAUCAAGGAGACCCCCGAGCCUUCUGCUGCUGGUGCCAAGGAGCAGAAGAUCACUCCUUUUGACGUUGAAGCCGGUGUUGAUGCUGAAGGGAAGCUUCUGGCUAUUGACUAUGACAAGAUCACCAAGCGAUUCGGCGCCAACAUCAUCCAGCAAGACUUGCUCGAGCGAUUCGAGAGGCUUACUGGCCAGAAGCCCCAUCCUCUCAUGAGGCGAGGUACUUUCUACUCUCAUCGUGAUUUCAACCUCAUUCUCGACCGAUACGAGAAAGGCCAGCCGUUCUACCUUUACACUGGCCGAGGGCCCAGUUCCGACUCUAUGCACAUGGGCCACCUUGUCCCCUUCAUGUUCACUGCGUACCUCCAGAGGGUGUUCAACGUACCGCUCGUGAUUCAAGUCACCGAUGACGAAAAGUACCUCCUCGAGCGAGAUGCCAAGAAGCAAGCCGAUCUUAUGAAGAAGAACAAGAUCAAGAAGCCUAUCGACCUGUUGAGGCACUACAAGAAGAUGGGGCAAGAGAACAUUAGGGAUAUCAUUGCUUGUGGUGUCAUCCCCGAGAAGACUUUUAUCUUUUCGGAUUUGAACAAUGUCAGCGGCACUUUCUACGAAAAUGUUGUGCUCAUCUCCAAGACUAUCACUCUCAGUCAGAGCAAGAACGUCUUUGGUUUCGCCGACUCCGACAACGUCGGCAUGUACCACUUUGCUGCCGUCCAGGCCACUCCCUCAUUCUGCAACUCUUUCCCUCAAAUCUUUGGCACUCGUGACGACAUCCCCGCUCUUAUCCCUUGUGCCAUCGACCAAGACCCUUACUUCCUCCUUACCCGAGAUUCCGCCGACCGACUGGGCUACAAAAAGCCCGCCCUCCUCCACUCCAAAUUCCUCCCCGCCCUCCAAGGCGCCGGAACCAAGAUGUCCGCCUCCAAGGACCACACCGCCAUCUUCAUGACCGACGACGCCAAAAAGAUUGCCAAGAAGAUCAAGUCGCACGCGUUCUCUGGCGGUGGUGCGAGCAAGGAGAUCCAUGAGAGGGAUGGUGGCAACCCGGAUGUGGAUAUCGCGUAUCAGUAUUUGACGUACUUUGAGGAGGAUGAUGCGAAGAUGGAGAGAUUGGCGAAUGAGUAUAGGGCGGGUACGCUGAGUACUAGUCAGAUGAAGGAGGCUUGUAUUGAGAAGCUUCAGGAGGUUGUGGCAGAGUUCCAGAAGAACCGGGCGUUGGUGACGGAUGAAGUCCUGCAGUACUUCCAAGACCCCACAAGGAAGAUUGACCCUCGACCCAAGGCUCGUGAUGCUGCUGCUGCCGACAGUGCCGCUCCUGCGGCUACUUCUGUCCCUGGCGCGCCUUCCGCUUAG